AUGAACUAUUACACUAUUGGUACAUCUCCCUACAUAAUGGUAUAAAUGGAUAAUAAUAACCAACAGAUUAAUUCCUAAUAAGGCCCGGGAAUUAUAGCAGGUUAUUGGUAUUAAUUUGGUUUCGGAUUCAAAUAAUCUCUUAACAUUUACUAUUCUAUAUGGUAAGGAUAUCCUUAAGGAGGAUUAGUUUAUCCUACUUUCUAGUAGAGUAAUUUUUAAUUUAGAUCUGAUAUUACAUAGCUCACAUUAUGCAUUAUUUGUCCUCCUCUUGAAAAUAAAUUUACAUAAUUUGUUGGACAGUAUUCAUCAAUAAAAAUGAUCACAGGCUUCUACCCUCCAGAUACUGCUAAAUUGAUAAUAAAUGAAAACAAUAUGAAUGAUUAGCUAUUGAGAUCAGCAUUUUUUAUAAAUGAUAAUCUAACCAACUACACUAAAAAAUAAUAUUAACCAUUAACUACAGAUUUAAUUAUAAAUUGUUAUAAUUCUACAAAAUUUUAUUUUGAUGGAGUUUGUAUAGAUCCAUCUUAAUGCUAGAACAUAGUCUACUUUUAAACAAGCUAAUUUGGUUCAGUAAAUAGCGUUUUCUAUAAUUCAGUCAAAUUAAAAUGUGACGUUUGCUAAGAUUAUUGCCUAAAUUGCGAUAAUUAAUCUAAUUGUUUGUAAUGUAAAAGUGGUUAUGUGCUUGAUACCACAAAUAAUAUUUGUAAAAGAUGUCCAGUAAAUAGCUUCUAUAAUUCACUAAAUUCUCUAUGUGUAUCUAAUUGCCCUAAUGGAUAUUAAAAGGAUUAUAUUAACUAACUAUGUGUUCAAAAUUUUAAUCCCUUUUAUAUCUUACUAAACCCUUUGCUAUAUCCAAGAAAUUUUAUUUAAAAUGAUGGAUUUACUUUGAUGGAUACUAAUUUGUAGAUUUAACCUGAUUAAUAUACCUAAUGUUGGCUAGAAAAUCAAAGCUUUGGGCCUUAUACUAUUUUGGGAGGACAAAAUAAUCUCAAUUCUAACAAAAUUAAUAAAAAAAUUCUUAAUUUACCCAAAAACUUUUAAAAAAUAAUUACUUUUUAAGGUUUAAUUUAUAAUAAUGGUUAAUAAGGUGAUUUUAUUUUAGAAGUUAAUAAUAAUCUAGUAACCUUAUCAUCAUUUACUAAAAUAUUCACUAAUUAUUAGCUUUGUGAUGAUAAUUAAUAGGUUAAUUACUAUCAAUUAACUUAUAUUAUUAAUGAUUCCACAACUAGUCUUGAUAUUAAUAUAUCAUCUAAUAAAAAUGGAUGGGGAAUCAGAAACUUUGCAAUGAACAUCACUAAGUGUCACUCUACUUGCAAUGAUUGUACAACUGAUGGUAACCCUUGGUCUUGCACUACUUGCUAAAUUCAAUAAACUUCAAUACUAAUAAAUUAAAAUUGCGCAUGCAGCAAGGGAUAAUAUGCUUAAUUUUAAAAUUGCUAUUCUUCUCCUUGCUAUAACUGCUCUAAUUGUCCACCAAAUUGCUUGUCUUGUGAAGAUUAAACUGGUAAAUGUACUUCUUGUGCUACAGGAUAUUCUAUCCAGAAUGGAUUAUGUAUUAUUAACAGUUCUUGCUCAAAUUAAUACUCUCAAGAUCCUGGUUCUAGCUACUGUAUAAGAGCUAAAGAUUAAGGGAUGUCUUUUUUCGUUUAAGAUAGAAUUUAGCUAGAUUUAUAAUUUUGGUACUAUACUGGUUUACCUGAAUAGUUUAGAUAAUGCUAUAAUAGAAAAUAUGCACCCUAUAUUUAUGGCACAUAAAGUGUUUCCUUAAUUAUGCAAUUACCAUAGUAUUAAAAUUAUCAUUAUCAAGUAGGGUUUUAAUUUACAGCUAUGAAUGUGGAUAAUUUUGCAGCUGUAGAUUAUAUGAGUUAUUACAUAGAUAAUAAUUUAGUGAAAAAGGCAAAUUACAGAUCAAAUACUACUGUCAGUUUAUGCGAAGAUAUUAAUUAUGGAGAAAAUUAGGUUCCAGAAUAGAUAUUUUAAUUGAAAAAAGAUACAAAUUUAAAUUUCACUAUCGGAGCGUAUUUACCUAACUCUAAAUGGUUCACAUUAAAUGAUCUAACAAUAUACUAUUAAAGAUGUCAUGCAAGUUGCACUAAUUGUUUAAAUGGAUCUACAUGUACUUCUUGUAUUUAAAAUUCAUAACCUAAUGCAGCCUUAGGUAAUUUUUGUUAUUGUAAUGAUGGAUUCUAUUUUACUUAUGACUGGAAUACAAGCUCUGGACUCUGUCUACCUUGCAAUAGCUUUUGUAAAACAUGUAAUGGACCUAGCAUAACUGAUUGUAUUACUUGCUAAGAAAGCUAUAAGGUUGUCAAUAAUAUUUGUGUAAAUGCUUGUUAGGUUAAUUAAUUUUGGGAUUUUAACUUACAUUAAUGUGUUAACUGUUCAGAUUGCUGCUCUAGUUGCAAUGGGACGUCUAACAGUUAAUGUUUGUCGUGUUAAGAUCCAAUAAUGACCUUAAAUUCUAAUGUUUGUAAAUUUAACUCAGAUAAAAAUACUUGCAAUUCAUGUAAUACAAAUGUUUCUAACUCUCUUUGUGGUGGAACUUAAAUAAAUCAUGAUUAUUGUUUAACUAAGGGUUGGUUGAGUUACAAUAGUAACACAUGUGUUAAUUGUUUUACUGCUGACUCUAAUGGAAAUUGUGGGGGUAGUAGUAUUUACAAUUAGCUGUGUAAUAAAUAUGGAUAUUACUAUUCUUCAACAUUGUCUUAAUGCCUUUCAUGCUCAUAAGCUUUUGGAGUAAACUGUGGUGAUCCCUCAAUCAGCAAUGUUUGUAAAUAAAAUAGGUGGAUGUAUUAAUCUUUAUCUACUUGUAUUAGCUGUAAUUUAUAGUAAAGCCCACUUUGCUGUGAUGCUACUUGUAAGACUUGUAAUGGCUCAAGUUCUAAUAAUUGCUUAAGCUGUUUCGGUUCUAUGGUUCUUUUCAAUAAUUCAUGUUUAGAUAAAUGUCCUAAUGGAUAUAGCUAUAAUUCUUCUUAAAAUAACUGUUAAAAUUGUCCAGUUUUUAUAGGUGUACCAGAGUGCAAUAAUUGUGCUUCAGAUUGUUAAACUUGCUCUGCAUCAACUAUAAGUUAAUGCAAGACUUGUUAUGGCUCGAGGUAAUUAAAUGCUGCAACUAAUAGAUGUGACUGUAAAGAUUAGGAAGAUUAGAGGAUGUUUUUUUAUGAAUGUAGUAUGAAUAACUAAGCUGUUUUGAAUAUAGAACUAUCUAAUUAAGGACCAUAGAUGACAAUAGAUUUUGGGAAAAUAUUAGCAGAUAUCCCUAAUUAUCCAACUUAAACAAACUCUACCACUAUAUGCAAAUUAUUAUUCAGCUAAGCAGAGCUAUAGAAGAUAGGCUUUAAUUCUGCUUGUUAAAUUUAGUUUAACUUGGUUAAUAUUGCUCUUGAUAACACAGCUACAAUAAUUUAAGGAGAUACCUUAAACUUUUUACCAAACAUUUUAAAGUUUAAAAUAAAUUCUAGUUCUUAUAUUGACACAUUUUUGAAUAAUAUUGUAUAUCAAUAGCCUCCAUAAAAUACAGGAGUUGUUUUUAAUUUUAAAAAGAUAGAAAACUCUUGUAAUGAUUAUAAAAUUACAUUAGAUAAAGUUUAGAACGACUCAGGUAGAGGUUUCUAAAGUAUAACUUGGACACUUUUAAAUCCGACAGCUAAUUAAGACGACGUUUAGAUAUAAAAUAUUCUUACAUAAGCUUCGAAUUAGAGUUUAUUAAACAUCACUAUACCAAAAGGUGUCAUUACACUAAACACUUAAAAGAGUAUUUAAGCUUCUUACAAAUUGAAAAAUACUUAUUCUGCAUCUCAGUAGUUUGUAUUUUAAGUAUAAACAUUUAAAAGUAUAGCUUCUGUUCUCAGUUCAAAUAUGAUAAUUCCUUAUUUUAGGUAUUUAGAGUUUAAUCUGAAUUUGAGUUAUUCAAUUUAGUACUGUGACAACUAUGGAAAUUCGUUGAAUACUAAUGAUCCAAUAGAUAUAACUAUUACAAGUCCUUAGACUUCUUAAAUUAGCAAUCAAAUUAAAAGUAACACAUAGAACCAAAUAGUUUAAAUAAUAUAAGCAUACUCAUUUCCUCCAAAUUCAAAUAACUAAAUAAAUGUUUAGCUCUAAUUAUCAAGUGAUUAAUCUGUAACAAAUAUGUAACAAGUUUCAUUUAGUACAGUACCACCAAAAUUAAUUGUUAAAAUUAAUGGUGGAAAUUAAAGGAUAGAUUACAAAUCUAAUUUAAAUUUAAAUGCUAAUUUAAGAGAUUUAGAUGUUCAAGAUCCUAAUGCUGAUUAAGGAAUUACUUUAGUAUGGAGUUGCACAGAUCCUUCUGAUCCUACUAAAUAAUGCUAUGAUUAAAAUGCAAAACCAUUUAAUUUUAAUUAAAUAAAUCCUUCUAUUCCACCUUCAACUUUUAGUCCUUAUACAGUUAUCAGAGUUUAAGCACAAGCAAAUAAAGAUACAAGAUCUUCUUUAGAUUUUAUUAUUGUUUUAUUUACUGAAUUUGAUUUACCUCUCCUAGAUAUUUCCCUAAAUCUUCUUGAUCCUCAAGGUCUUACUGUUAACUUGAAUGAAGAAAUUUUUGCAACUCUUAAUUAUAAUACAACAGUUAAUACCGAUAUUCUUUCAUUUUCAACAGUUUUUAAUACAACAAUUAAUAUUAACGUAACAAGCUCAAAUAUGAAUGAAGCUAAUUAUAUAUAAGCAAUAGAUUCUGCCAUAAAUAAUAACAAGCUAACUAAUUAACAAAUUAUUUCAGAGCUUUCACUUUUUGCUGAAGAUCUCAGUCUUAGAACUGAUUUAAUCUCAAGUGAUCAAAUAAAUUAAAAAAAGAUUUAAAUUUUAGAAAAAUUAAAGUAAUUGAUUUUACUACUUCCUUCAUCAUCAACCUUCUCAUCAUUAUCCAAUAAAGCAAUAGCAAGCUUGAUGCCUACUAUCAAGCUUACUCUUGAUUAACAGAACAGCUAAUUAACAAGUUUGCAAUCUGCAUUAUCUGAAGAUUGGAGCUAAGUACCAUAUUAAAAUUUGUCAGUUGCUGAAAAGUCUAUUAAAAAUUAAUUAAUAUUUGACUUUUUUAAAAUAAUAGAUAGCAUGGCUAAUAGUUCUUAAAGCUCAAAUUCUACCUCUUAAAAUCUCUAAAUAGAUAUUUCAAAUAAAUUAGGAGAAAAAAUGAAUUAUAACUCUUUACCAAAUGAAGAUCCAAAAAUAUUUUAGGGAAAUAGUAUAAAAAUAUAAAGCUAAUAAGUAACUGAAAAAAAUCUUUGUAAUUACCUGUUUUGUAGUAAUUUCUAGCCAUCAGAAACUUAAACUAAAUCUAUUAUUUAUAAUAUUGCAUAUAAAACUUACUAAUAAAAUCCCUACUUAGAUGAUCCAAGCUUUUAAAAUCUGACUUAACAAAUUAAAUAAAACAUUGGAAACUAAACUAUUGCCUCUUUUCCAGUAAUAAACCCAUCUAUAUUAUCAUCAUCAUAAAAUCCUUCUUAAAAUUCUAUUAUCAAUUAAAGUAGUGCAAUGCAUAAUUUUUAAGGAGCUUAAUUGGGAAAAGAGCGAUUGGCCUGCUAUACAAAAAAUAAAAAUUAAUGGACUUAAAGUGGUUGUAAAUUAGUUUUUAAUUCAAAAAACAAUUAAUAUACAUGCUUUUGUGAGUCUUUAGGUCCUACAACUAUUGCUAAUGAUUUAUAAGCUUUAAUUUAAAAUAAAAACCUUUAAACAGCUUUUAGUGAAUAAGGAUUUGAAAAUAUUUCUCAUUUUUCUGAUUUUUACAAAUACAUUGCUUUUUGGUUGAUAGUUUGUAAAACAAUUGGCUUUAUAUUGCUCUAUAUUAAAGGAAAUCAUUUAGAUAAAAAGUUUAUAAAAUAUUAAAAUAAACAAGUUACAAGCAAUUUUAAUCAAAGAUAAGUUAUACCAUUACCAUUAAAUUUAAAAUCUAUAAAAGAGAGUAACUAAAAUAUAAUUUAAUCUCAAAAAUAAUAAAAUGAGAAUAACUCUCCUUUUUCUGUUGACUAAACUAAGAUUUAGUCAUAACGUAAAACAAGAAAAAGAUUUUUUUACUCUUAAAAUUAAAUUAAAGAAGAACAGCAUCAUGUUUAGAAGAAAAAUAAAUUAAUCAUUUAAUAAAUUGAAUAUUCAAACUAAUAAAAAAACACAAAAGAAAUUGAAGAAAUUAAGCUUGAAUAAAAGGAAAGCUCUCUUUAGAAUUUUGAAGAUUCAAGUACUCCAAGGAAAGUAGAAGAAUAAUUUGCUAAAGCAGAUAAUAAGAGUAUAUUUUCUAAGCAUUAAAUAAAAAAUGUAUUUUUAGAAAAUGGAAAUCAAAUCAAAAAUGAAUCUAAAUAUGAAGAUUAAUAGUGUGAGUCAUUAAAAAAAAUUCCUUCAAUUGACUACCUUUGCAAAGAAUAAGCUGUAUAAUUUGAAACGAAAGAAAAUCAUAGCAUUUAAAAUAGUACACCUAAUACUUAGAGGCCACAAAUUAUUUAAAAGGAGAGAUUAGUUUUAAGUUAUCCUAAAAAAUAGUAAAUUUAUGAAUAAUGA